AUGGAGGCUGAUAAGCGAUUAAAGAAAUUCAACUUGAAAGUUUUAAAAACCAUUGGCCAAGGAACUUACGGGUCUGAUAGUGCAAAUGAAGUUAAAAUUUUAGCGUCCAUGUGUCACCCGAAUAUUAUCAAGUUCUUUAAUUGUCAUUAUGUGGACAAUCAUGUGUUAAUAUGUAUGGAAUAUGCAACGAAUGGUAAUUUAGCCGAGUUCAUGUAUCAGAAAUGCCCGAAACUUAUAAAACAAGAGGAGAUAUUAUUUUACUAUUGUCAAGUUCUAUUAGGAGUUAAUUACAUUCACCAACUAGAUAUAAUACAUAGAGAUUUGAAGGCUGAGAAUAUUUUACUAACUGGAAAAAAUGGUGUAUUGGUGAAAAUAGGUGACUUCGGAAUAUCGAAAAUGUUAGCCAGUGCCAAAAAAACGUCCACUGUAAUUGGUACACCCUAUUACCUUGCGCCGGAGCUUUGCGAGGGAAAACCCUAUGACACUAAAAGUGACAUUUGGGCUCUCGGUUGCUUGCUGUAUGAAAUGUGUACACAUAGAAGAGCCUUUGAUUCUGAGUCAUUGAUUGGCUUGGUGAAAGUGAUAACAAGUGGAAGUGUAGUUCCGAUCGACUCGGCAGUCUACGAGAGAGGCAUUCAAGAUCUCAUUGACUCCAUGUUAUCUGUGCUACCAGAUAAGAGGCCCACCAUCAAAGAGGUUAUUGGACGAAAAGUUUUGCUCCCUAUGAUUUACACUGUUUACUUAGAUGCAGGUGAAGAUCAACUAUUAAACAGUAAAGUAGCACAGUAUAGAUUAUAA